AAAGGAGGGAAAGUGAAGUAGAGAAUGGGAUCAAGUCCAAGCAAACUCCAGUGCAAACACACUCAAGACAGAAAGUCUUCUUUGCGACACUUAUAAAAUGGCCCUGCAAGCGAGCGUCAGUCUGCUGCUGUUCGUGGUGUUUUUAAACAUUGUUACAGAUAACAGGACUACUGCUACAUCCAUCCGAGAGAAAUGUCAGUGCAUUGAGGAGACAGAAGCUGUGCGAUGGAAAAAAGUCACCGACUUCACAAUAAUACCAAAAGAUCCUCUUUGCAACAAGAUUCAAAUCAUACUCCAGCUGUCAGAUAUAAAAUCUUGUCUAAAGCCAGACUCCAAGCCAGGAAAACAAUUACAAAGGUGCUGGAAGAGGAUUAAAUUCAACACGGAGAGGAAAAAGGUCUGUCUGAAGAGCAGCAGGAAAAAGAAGCCAAAAGAAGCACAAACUCAUCAGUACUUGCCCUCCAGCGUAUAAAUAUGAACCCGUCCAUUAACAUUUACUUUGUUCAUCGUUCAAACACACCAAUAUGUGCAAACAUGUGAACGCCACUGGUUUGACAUAAUUUCUUUUUGUUUUUGUACAGCUUUUUCUAAUAAAACACUAUAAACCCUA